CAUUACAAACUUCCGGAAUAAACAAACCGAAUAGAAAGAUGGAUAAGUUUGUAACAAAAAAACCUAGAGAAGCCCAAGGAAUAGUGAAGAAAGCGCCGAAAACGUACUACAAACAGAGUACGAUCGAAUCUCUGAAGGGUGUUGUGGUGAUUGAAGAUAUUCAUCGAAUCCAAGCCAAACUACGCCUAAACAGCACAACACAGGAGGAAAUGGUGGAAUGCUUAAGGGAACUUGGCAAGAAAAUACCACCCCGCAAUGUGAUGAAGGACACCAAAAUAGGUAAAGUUGUGAACAAGCUGAGGCAGCAUGAAGACAGCGUAAUCAGGAAAGAAGCCAAGAAGGUUUAUAUCAAAUGGAAAAGUCAUUUUGAGAAUUUACAAGACCGACAACAGAUAGAGGUAAAAUGUGAUGCUAGAACAGAAAGACUGAGGUCAUCAGGACAAAGACUGUUGUCCGAGUCCCUGGGAGUAAAGGAGGACAAUACAUUACCUGAGGUAAUAGAACGGGACACCUUCCAUUUGUUUAAACGUAUGGUGAACAACAACUACAGACGGACGAUACGAAACAUGGUGUUUACACUAAAACACCAGGAGGAUGUUAGAACUCAGGUGUUAUCUGGCCAACUGUCUGUCGAAAAACUGAUACAAACUUGUAAGAGAUGAUUGUCAGGUAGAAUUAUAAGUGUAAAUGUAAUUUAAGUGUAAAUGGAUAGAUGUCAGACUGAAUAUGUGAUGACAGCUCAUUAUUACAAGUGUAAAUGGAAAAUUUAUUUCAGAUGAAAUUGUGAGGAUAUAUCUGUAAAUACUAGAAGUGUAAAUUGGCAAUUGAGUUCAGAUGAAAUGUGUGUUGACAUAUCAGUAUUGAAAGUGUAAAUAGAUAAAUGCCAGAUGAAAUGUAUGAUGAUAUGACAUUUUCAGUAUUGAAAGUGUAAAUGAAUGAAAUGUAUGUUGACAGGUGUAGCUAUUGAAAGUGUAAAUGGAUAAUUGAAUUCAGAUGAAAUGUAUGAUGACAUGUACGUCAUAAUUAUUACUGUUUUCUCAGAAUUUGUUUACACUGAGAAUCAGUGAUAAAUAGAUACACAAUAAUAAGCAUGCUUAUAGACGCGAGUCUUUUUAUAUAUCAUUUACAGUAGAGUUUUCUUUACAUUGUGUAACUUUUUAUCUUAUUUUGACUGUCGAAAUAAUAAAUGUU